AUGCCAUUUCCUCUCAUUAAAAUUAGGAAAUUUAACGAGAAAUUGAAAGAUUUAAAAACGUCCAAGGCACUUGUAAGUAGCUCCCUCUGGAAGGAAAUAGCGCAAGUUAUAAGGGUUUACGUAGAACAAACGGAUUUAAGGCGAAUGCAUUUUGUCGAGUUGAAAUGCUUGGAUAAGGAGAGUUUGGAGGAGAUCGGCAAGAAUCAGGAGUUGAUUGGCAUUGAGGAGUCGGAAAUCGACAGGUUGAACCUGAGGUAUGAACAACUGUACACGACAAAGGAAGGAAAAAUAAAAAUACUUUCGAGUGAAUUGGAGGAUCUUAACCAUGCCUAUCUAAAACUGAGGCAAAAAUUGAAAACCGAUCUAGCUUUAGAUAAGUCGCAAUUGAUGCUGUGCACAUCUCUAGGGGAGGAAACUAUAGCGAAAGUAAAAGAAGAUCGAAUUUUGGGUGAACAACUGAUGGUUUUAGUGAAGGCCUGCCAAAAAUUUGAAACUGAGAAGGAGCGAAUUUUGAAGUGGGCCCCAAUGAUAAAAAUCAACCUAAAAGAGUUUGGAGACUUAACCCUAGUCAAAGGUAAAAUUCGUCCAAAGACAUCUGCAUCAAAACCUACGAAAAUUAUAUCUUUAGAUAUCAGAAAACCUGAACCACAGGCUCCGAUGGUGGAAAAACUCGACGAAAAUAAUUUAAAAAGUUGUUUUGACAACUUGCAGUCCCUCGAAAAUUUUUGGCAAACCUACAACAAAGUGAACAUCGACUUUUUGGAGUCUAAACAAGAAUCUAAAAUGCUACAAAAUGAAAAUAAAGAACUACGGGGCAUGAUACGAGCAAUCUUAGAGACGGCCCUGUUAAACAACUCGAUCCCCAACACUAGAGCCUCCACUAGGGCGCCGUCACGCAUGAGGAGCGCCUUUUCUGCCCCCCAAAGGCGUAUCCUGUUUAAAUAA